AUGGAUCCUGAUAUUGCUAAAAGGCAAUCUAUGAAUUUUAGAACAGGACCCAAAGAGUCAUCUUUAUUGAUGCCUUUUAUUAAUGACUCUCAUCCAUCAGCGACAUCACUUUUAACUGAUUAGAGGAACCAAAGAAUAACAACAUAGCAAAAUUUGAUGGGUGAUGAAAAAUUUGAUGAAGACUUGAAUCUAUUUGCAUUCGAAACUAGAAUAAGAAAGAUGGUUUUAAAUUUGAUAGAGCCUUCUAUCAAAAGACAGACUUAGUCUUCUGAUUAAGUUAAGGACCUUCAGACAUAAUUCCUAAAAAUACAAUAAAAAAUGGAUGAGUGCGAAUUGAUUAUAACAAAGGCUGCAAGGAAUGGGUAGAAAAUAGAUGGGGCUAAUAGGGCUCAAGAUUAAGUUGACUAAGCACAUCGAAUGAAGCAUCUAAAACUUAAGGAUAAAAUUAAGACUAUUUAGGGAUUAGCAUUGACUUUAGAAAAGAAACUUGAUAUUUUUGAGAACGAAAGAUAAACAUACAUACACAAUAUUGAGCAUUUGACAUCAAUGGUUAAAUUAUAAAAAACUGAUUUAUCAUAAACUAAGGAAAAUCUUACUAAAUAUAUAUCAGAUCAUCAUACUCAGAUGAAAACAGACCUCAGUAACUCUUAGUUAACACUUGAAAAAGUAAAAGAGUCUUCUGAUACUUGCUGCAGCUAGAUUGAACAUCUAGUUGCUGAGAUGAAAAAGAUCUCAAGCUAAAAUUCAAUUAUUAAUAUGAAUCAAGACAGUGUAUUGCAGUAACUUGAGGAUUUGUAAAAAAAUAUAAUAAGUUCCAAAGACUAUAAUCUUAAAAUUAGAAGUAUUGAGAAAGACCUUUAGAUGAAUUCAGCAAGUAUUUUCAAUCAGGAUAAACUAAACAAGGAUAUAGACUAAUAUUUCGAAAAAUAUCUACCAGUUAGCAUUUAAAACGUUAUAGACGAAAAUUUCAAAGCAGUAUUCAGUAACAAUAAUGAACUUGCAAUGAAACAUUGCUAGUUCAAGCUUGAAAAAUAUCCAUUACUAGUCAAGUAAAUAAGUGAAACUGAGGAAUCAACAUCAUUAAAUUUUGAUAAGAAAAAGUAUUCCUCUCCUGAUAUUAAAUUACUAGAGGAGGAAAUUGAGGCUUUGAAAAUAAAAAUAAAAAAUCAGCCUCAUCAAAUGAUGCAAUUGCCUAUGCCUAUGCAAAUGAGCAUGCCUUAGAUACAUAAUAUUUCACCCUUUAAUAUGGCUGGAUCGCCACCGCUUUCCAGAAUAAAAAAAAGUCCAACUGGAUUGAAACAUAUUAUCAAUCCUUCUAAUAUGCCUUUAAUACAUUUGAAUACAACUGAUAGAUAAGGUAGCGUUGAAAAAAGGAAAGCAUAGAAAUAAACAACUCUUCUCAAAACGAAACCCAUGAAAAUGAUUACACUUAAUCCGAUGAGAGGAAAAGCUAUACUUACUCCUCGUAAUAAAACUCUAAGAGAAACAAAGCAGAAUAAUCCAAAUUUAAACUUUUAGACAAUGUCUAAGAAGCCAAGUAAUGAAAGUUUGAAUGUGGACAAUCUAGCCAUACCAGAGUCUACUAGAAAAUUGCCAAUCUAAAAGCAGUUUAGUAAAAUUAGCAAAAUAAGUGGAAGCAGGCCAUCUAAUAGUAUUAGGAGCUCACCUUAGAAAGACGGUGAAGCCAAAUAUAAUUUAACAACAGCAUCCAUUAAGACAUCAAAACAACCUUCUGUGAGAAGUAACAAAGACACAGUUGAAAUUAAGGCUUCCUCUAAAGCAGCGAGUCCAUAAAGAAAAGAAAGCAGCAACUAAAGUCAAAUUAAAAUAAAUAUAAAAAUUACAGAGGAAAACAAGUCUGAUAGCAUUCCUUCAUUUGAUCACUUAUCGAAAAACAAUUAAAAUGUUGAUCAUAAAAAUGUAGUUGAUGAAUAAGAUAUGAUUUUAAACUUAGCAGAGAUAAAUUCAUCAUAAAAUGAGAACAUACUACCAAUGGAUAAAUCUUCUGAGUCCUAUGAUAUAAUGGCUGAAAAUCUAGAUCAAGACGAAGAAGAUGAAGAAUCAUAGGAAUAUGAAAAUGAAGAUGAAGAAGAUCAAGAAUAGUAUGAGAAUGAAGAGUAAGAGGAAUAAGGUUCAGAUAAUGACUAAGUUUAAGAAGAAGAUGAAGAUGCUUAAGAGAUAGAAUCUGGUGAGAAAAAGGAUUCUAAUUAGCUUAAGACUGAUGAUCAGGAUUUAUUGGAUGAUGAGGUAUUGGAAGUUGAAGGUGAAGGGGAAGAGGAUAAUGAAGAAGACGAUGAUGGAUAAACUUAGCAAUAUUAAUAUGAUUAAUAUGCUAACUAAGGUUACGGCAUGAAUAAUUUAAUGUUCUCAACCACCAUGAUGGAGAGGCUAUAAAAACCUCACAUUGAAGAAACUGAUCUAGACCCUAUACUUUAAAAGAAACUUUAGAAAUUUGAGGAGCAAUUAGCAUCUAUUAAAAGAAGAUAUCCAUUUGACACAGAUUUUAAAAAAAUUGAAGAAAGAUUUUAUGCUUUAGAUGAGUUGACCAAGGAAAUAGAAUUUAAGCUUCAAAAGCAUGAAAACGCUCAAGUAAAAGAGCUUGAUCAUAUUACAACUUAAACUGAGCAGCUUAAUCAGAGUCUCUUAUCAUAUUAGAGGAAAAUGACUAAAUAAAAUUUGGAGAUAUUAGAUUAAAUUUAGAAUUUCAAGUUCCUGAUUUAAAAUUUCCAAAACUUUAUCGAUAUGAUGGCCUCCAAAGACGAGUUUAUUGCUGAAUCAUUUGAGGGUAUCAUUGAGGCAAUAAAAAUUCAGUGCAUUUUGUCUUUAGCUGAUGAGGAGGAUAGAAAUUCUAUUUCUUUACUAGGAGUUAAAGAAGAAAUCAAAUAAGGAAAGCCUUAGCACAAUUAAACUCAAAUCUUAAUAAAUUCUCCAAAUAGUUCAACAAAUAAAGUAGAAUGCACUCAAACCCAUUAACCAAUUGCGAUUGAUAGGACAUGCUUGAGCUGUAGUUCCCAAUAAUAUAGAGUCAUUAGUGCCUUUAAGAUGGCAUGCCUUUCUUAUUUCCCUUCGCCAGUCAUCUAUUAAAAGAAUGAAUUCACUCGGAAAAAUUUAAUAAAAACUGAGAUUGAAUUGCUAAAAAAGACAAAACAAAAGAUUGUGAAAAGGGAAUAAGAAAAAGAUAGUAUAAAGAAGUUAAGGACUACAUAUAAGAAGGAUGUAAACAUGAUCGAGAAAAUCAAAGUCAGAAAUCAAAAUCAUAUGAACAUAUCUUCAAGUAAAUAACUACUGUCAGAGUCUUCAUUUGGAGAGAAUAUUAAACCAGUCAAUCAAAAACUUCAAAGCCAGUACUAUAAAGACCAGUAAGAUAAUGAUGUUGAAAACUAAGUAUAAGAAACCACAAAGAUAGUAAGUCAGAUAGACUCAGUUCAAUCAACAAAUUAAGAUUCUAAACUUCAAUUAACUAAUAGAAGAGGUAGGAUGAUACAGAGAAUAUAAGAAAAAACAGAAUACCUUAAUCUACAACAAUCUCAAUAAGAUGUGAUUAGCUCUUUAAACCAUAGUGAGUUCUCAAUGAAGAAGCUAUAGACAUUAGAAGACUCAAAACUCUACCAAACUUAGAGAUUUUCUAAUCGAGAACGAAACCCUAACUCAGGAGAAUCGUCAGUUAUGGAUAACUAAAAUAAUUUAAAUAACACUAGUACAAAUUUAAUCACAUUCAACUCAAAUGCACUUUUAAUGAACAGUAAUACAAACAGAAUUCAUAGUCAUAGAGCUAGCGCCCCUACAAGUCCAAGGAGAUUUAUUGAUGUUAAAAAAUCUAGGAUGAAGUUAGGCUAAAGUAAACUGAGAAUUGGAUCAACAAUUUAUAAUGAUAAACAACAGUUAUGA